GAGGGACUGAGCCCACAGCCGGGGGUAGGUGCGGUAGUGCGGCGUCUGAGGGGCACAGAGAGACAACACUCAGCGCUGGACGGACACGCACUUCAGAUACCGAUAUGCACACAAAAUGCUGCGUCCACGAGCUGUGACAAGCUGCUGCAUGUGAAGGAAAAAUAAAUAAAUAAAUAAAAUAAAGAAACAGCUGAACGACAACGCCGGAAGCUACCCCCAUCGCCCAGGCUGAAGCAACCCGCGCAGGCAGCGUUUUUGCCGCAGAAAUCAUCCCAUCAGAGAUUCCCGCCGAUGCGCCUCAGCUGUGCAUGAAUCCUUCCGUUUGGCUUGCAGGUCUCCAGGACAAAACCGGGCGGUGUUGACGACUGCUGGCGGAUCCCGUUUGUGAGAGCACCUUAUCCGCGUCUCCGCACACCCCUUUGGCAACUCCUUCAGAAUGGCGUUAACGAUCUGCACGAGGUUUACUGACGAAUAUCAACUGUUCGAGGAGCUGGGGAAGGGCGCAUUCUCUGUGGUCAGGAGGUGUGUGAAGAUCUCCUCUGGACAGGAGUAUGCUGCCAAAAUCAUCAACACCAAGAAGCUUUCUGCCAGAGAUCAUCAAAAGCUGGAGAGAGAGGCGAGGAUUUGCCGUCUACUGAAGCACCCCAACAUUGUACGACUCCAUGACAGCAUAUCAGAGGAGGGUUUCCACUAUCUGGUAUUUGAUCUGGUGACAGGGGGAGAGCUAUUCGAGGACAUUGUAGCCAGGGAGUACUACAGUGAGGCUGAUGCCAGCCACUGCAUACAGCAGAUCCUGGAGAGUGUCCAUCACUGCCAUGUUAAUGGGAUCGUCCACAGGGAUCUGAAGCCUGAGAACCUUCUAUUGGCCAGUAAGCUGAAGGGGGCGGCGGUCAAGUUGGCUGACUUUGGGCUGGCUAUCGAGGUGCAGGGGGACCAGCAGGCAUGGUUUGGUUUUGCCGGCACCCCGGGCUACUUGUCUCCGGAGGUUCUGAGGAAAGACCCAUAUGGGAAACCAGUGGACAUGUGGGCCUGUGGUGUAAUUUUGUACAUCCUGCUGGUGGGUUACCCUCCCUUCUGGGAUGAGGAUCAGCACCGCCUCUAUCAGCAAAUUAAGGCUGGGGCCUAUGAUUUCCCAUCCCCAGAGUGGGACACUGUAACUCCUGAGGCCAAAGAUCUUAUCAACAAGAUGUUAACCAUCAAUCCCAGUAAACGCAUCACUGCUGCAGAGGCCCUCAAACACCCCUGGAUCUGCCAACGGUCCACUGUAGCCUCCAUGAUGCACAGGCAGGAGACUGUGGAGUGCCUGAAGAAAUUCAACGCCAGGAGAAAACUCAAGGGAGCCAUAUUGACCACUUUGCUGGUCACAAGAAACUUCUCAGCAGCCAAGAGUUUGCUGAACAAGAAGUCAGACGGCGUUAAGGUCAACAACAAAGCCAACACAGUGACCAGUCCUAAAGACACUGGCCCUGCCCCUGCACUGGAACCACAGACAACUGUGAUUCACAAUCCAGUGGAUGGAAACAAGGAGUCUAUUGAGAGUGCCAACACUACCAUAGAGGAUGAAGAUGUAAAAGCCCUUCGUCUGGGCAGCUUAGUGAGCGGUAUGUUGAGCUCUAAGAGCCGUUCCUCACAGAUGUCUGACUCAAGACAGACUCCCACCUCCUCAGUUCAGACCUGCACCAAUAACAAUAAAGCUCGCAAACAGGAGAUAAUAAAAGUUACUGAGCAGUUGAUUGAGUCUAUCAACAAUGGAGACUUUGAGGCAUAUGCGAAGAUUUGUGAUCCUGGUCUGACUUCCUUUGAGCCUGAAGCCUUGGGCAAUCUGGUGGAAGGACAUGACUUCCAUCGCUUUUACUUUGAGAAUGCCCUGUCCAAAGGGAAUAAGCCGGUGCACACCAUCCUCUUGAAUCCACACGUGCACCUAAUUGGGGAAAACGCAGCGUGUAUUGCCUAUAUUCGACUGACCCAGUACAUGGAUAGCAGUGGCAUGCCCCGCACCAUGCAGUCUGAGGAGACCCGUGUGUGGCAUCGCCGUGAUGGCAAGUGGCAGAACAUCCACUUCCACCGCUCCGGCUCACCCAGCAUCCCCUCCCAGUAAGAGACAGCAAGAAACACACAGCAGAAAUCUUGAUUAAAGAUAAACUAAACAGCAGCUCAAAGUCCUUUUUUGCUGAGUUCCAGUGGUUAAUCUCACCUUGCUAUAGUGAUGUAAAAGUGUGCUCUAGGGUGUGGUCACUGUUGGAUGGCAGUGAGGAAGGCUAUUGCUUUUCAGCCUAUAAGUUACUCUAAGAGGGAGGUGAAAGGGAUGACCAUUCACUAAGUCCCACCCACCUUAGCUACUGUUGCUGCACCUGUCACGCUUUCCAUUCUGGUACUGCACAUAAUGCAGGUCAUAAUUUCAAAUGGAGAAGAUUUAGUUUUACUUUUCAUUCCUAGUGGACAACCAAAGAUUUUGUCAGCUAGAAUAAUUAUUAUCAAUAGCGUAUUUUAUCAACUGUAGGUAGCUAGCAUAAACUAAUGCAAACACCAAAACUUGUGAG